UUUAUUAUAAAUGACAUUGAAGAGGAAGCAUCCGUGAAAUUUUUAUGCAUCUACUUGAAAUGCAGCGAAAUUUCUCCUGGUCAGGAAAACUACACGAAUGUAUUGUUUACUGGCCCACUUUGGUUUUUACACUUUUUUCCUACCCAAACCACCAUCCACCCAGAUAGGUAUGCUGUUGUUAUUCUAACCGUUGCUGCAAUUACUUAAAAUUUACUUCGCAAACUGCCUUUAUUAAAAGAAGCAAAGUCUUGUAUUUGUUUCCUUGGGGGGGGAUCGUACCGGCAGCUCCGAUCGGGGGAACGGCACUGUUCCCUGGUCUUGUCUUUUAAGUGGCACCACAGGAUUUAUCCACUUGCAAACUCGUUUGCCAACCCGUCCUCCUCCUAGAACGCAGGCCUAUAAGAGCGAAAAAGGAAUUUUAGGGCUUCUGCCACCUCUUGACCACAUAGGUGCUGUCAGGCUAUUCAGCUUCUUUGGGCCUCUCCCCCUAAAAUGGCAGUGAUGAUAAAUCCACCUCUCAGGUCCACUGAGUCCCAGGGAGAUCAUAGAGAUGAAAACACUCUGCACUUGUAAGGUAUUUAUAUUAUUGAAAUAACAUAAUAUACAAAACAGGCUUUCAUGUGCUUAACUACCCUACCAAAACCUCAGUAUGUGCCCUGGGCAAGUAAGUAUUUACAAAGUUAAUUUUAUUAUUUUGCAAUUUUGAUGUGCAGAAUUCAGUUCUUCCAUUUAUGCAUGUCCUGUGCUUUCCAAAAGAAUGGAGCUUUCGCUUUAACUUUUUAAAUAUCUUUUAUUAGUCACAGUUUUUAUUUUUCUUAUUUUUUAAACUAUGAGAAUAAUGCUGCUUUCAAAUGUACUUUUAGUAGUCUUGUAAUGAUGCUGGAAUGUCCUCUAGUCAAUAUUUUAUUUACACAACAAAUUUUUAAAAGUACGACAAUUUGAUUUCAGGGGAAAUUAAUUAGAUUUGUGUUUGGAACGUUAAGUAAAAUUAUUUUCACUUAACUUGUCAUUAGGGAAUCCUUUCACGACUAUAUUUUAACUACUUGAUUUCUGUCGCCCCUCUCGUGUUCUUACAGUCACGAUUUCUGAACAUUCGCCUUUAAAAUAUUCAGAGUUUAUUAACCUCUCUGUGCCCUGUAGUCGCUCCAGUAGAGAAUCCUAGUUUUUUCUCCGCCUCUUGACCAUUCUUUUCGCAUUGACUUGUACCAUCGAGAAUUAUUAACAGAUUUGUUUCCUGCGCAUGUCCUCAGUUUACUGAAGAUCAUGCUAAUAGGCAUUUUGUAAAGAUACUUUGAAGAUCUUUCGACAGUGACCUUUUAAAACCCAGCGACGCUCCGUUCCUGAUGCCUCCGCAGCACACCUGUGUAUAACUUCCCUUGCAUGCUUUUGAAAUCCAAAGAGCACAGAGUUAUCGCUACAUUUCAGCCAUCCUGCGCAGCAUUCCGAGAAAUAAACUGGCAGGUGUUGCAGGUGACCGAAGUGUAGCUCCGAGAAGCCCAUGAGUGUGUGCACUGUGGGCACACAAGGUGCUGGCUUCAGGAGUCUGCUGUCCUGUGGUGAGGUUCCAGACGCACUGAGUUCGUCUCUUCCGUACUAUUAUUAAGCUCAAUGAAAUGCUGAUCGGUUCGGUUUACAAAGAGCGACUCUAACAUCCAUUUCUCUCAGUAGGCAAGUUAGACUUAAAAAAUUAAAUUGAAUUUGGGAAAGAAGUGGGGAGUCAUUCAGCAUCACACAAUGCCAUUUAUGUAGGUAAUACCACCUUACUUUUUGUUUCUGCAUUUAUUUGGUCAUGUAAACGUGCUUAGAACUAAUACAAAUUUGCAACUGGUGAAAAUUAAUGCAUGACUUAUCAGCAGAGUAUGGAAUGUAAGCAUGUGCCAUGAAAUUGCAAUUCUCUCAUUCUUUAUUUUCUAUCACUUACGUGCCGGUCCCAUUUAGAGUGUAGUCCACUCUUAUGUUUUGUUUCAUAGAUUGGCCAAAAUGGGAAGGACUGGAUUCCGCUCUCUUCCACGAAGAGUCAAUGGAACUGGCUGAGAUCAAGGUCUGAGGCUCUUUCCACCUGUCACCAGCACCCAUAACGAACCGAAGCUCUGACACACCUUUUACCCGAAACACCGCCACAAUGAUGCGUCCUCGCACAGGCACAUGGCCACUCAUUCUCCUGAGAAAACCCACAAGUGUAAUUAUUGUGAGAAAAUGUUCCACCGGAAAGACCACCUGAAGAACCACCUGCACACGCACGACCCUAACAAAGAGACGUUUAAGUGUGAAGAGUGUGGCAAGAACUACAACACCAAGCUCGGCUUCAAACGUCACCUGGCCCUGCACGCCGCCACCAGCGGUGACCUCACCUGCAAGGUCUGCCUGCAGACGUUCGAAAGCACCGGAGUGCUGCUUGAGCACCUCAAGUCUCACGCGGGCAAGUCGUCCGGCGGGGUCAAGGAGAAGAAGCACCAGUGUGAGCACUGCGACCGCCGCUUCUACACCCGGAAGGACGUCCGGAGACACAUGGUGGUGCACACUGGAAGAAAGGACUUCCUCUGUCAGUACUGUGCACAGAGAUUUGGGCGGAAGGAUCACCUGACUCGCCACAUGAAGAAGAGUCACAACCAAGAACUUCUGAAGGUCAAGACGGAACCGGUGGACUUUCUCGAUCCAUUCACCUGCAACGUGUCCGUGCCUAUCAAAGACGAGCUCCUUCCGGUGAUGUCCUUACCUUCCAGUGAACUGUUGUCAAAGCCAUUCACAAACACUUUGCAGUUAAACCUCUACAACACUCCGUUUCAGUCCAUGCAGAGCUCGGGACCCGCCCACCAGAUGAUCACAACUUUACCUUUGGGAAUGACGUGCCCGAUAGAUAUGGACGCUGUCCACCCUUCUCACCACCUUUCUUUCAAAUACCCCUUCGGUUCUACCUCAUACGCGAUUUCGAUUCCUGAAAAAGAACAGCCACUAAAGGGGGAAAUUGAGAGUUACGUGAUGGAGCUGCAAGGCGGCGUGCCCGCCUCAUCCCAGGAGUCCCAGGCAUCAUCAUCUAAACUGGGGCUGGAUCCUCAGAUCGGCUCCCUAGAUGAUGGCGCAGGGGACCUGUCCCUGUCAAAAAGCUCGAUUUCCAUCAGCGACCCCCUAAACACACCAGCCUUGGAUUUUUCCCAGCUGUUUAAUUUCAUACCCUUAAACGGCCCUCCCUAUAAUCCUCUGUCGGUGGGGAGCCUCGGAAUGAGCUAUUCCCAAGAGGAAGCGCAUUCUUCUGUGUCUCAGCUGCCCCCCCAGACCCAGGAUCUUCAGGAUCCCGCAAACACUAUAGGUCUCGGCUCCCUGCACUCACUGUCCGCAGCGUUCACGAGCAGCUUUAGCACGAGCACCACGCUCCCGCGUUUCCAUCAGGCUUUCCAGUAGGAGUCCACGACGUGGACCGAACGCAGAAAUCUGUGUGUAGCCCUGCCUUAGGUGACCGUUUGUAUUUUAGUGCCUACGUUAAAACAGCAUAAACAUUUCUGCUUUUGUACAGUACCGAUUUUCAUUAAGCCAGUAUGACAUAGAAACAAGCUUUUGUAAGCGAGCUUCAGAACUGUUUGCGUUCAGUUCUGUUUACCUGGGUAUUUUGUCCACGCUCACUGCCAAUUGUCCUGUUUUAAGACGGUUUUUCCUCUAGGGAAGCCAUUAUUAUCAGUAGCGGUAAAGUCUUACGAGUCCCACGUUCAAAUUACUUUUAGAUCUCAGAAUGUCCAGUUCUGUCCAAUAACCAUGGCUCUGCCUUUUGACAUUUGGCUCGUUAAAGAGUUUUGCAAUAGGAUGUAAAUUUUCUAAAAUGUAUGUGAAUAACCUGAGAAUUUUUAAAUUCUUACUAGUCUCUAAAUGGAUUCAUAAGCAAAUGUUUCAAAUGAAUUAAGAAUCCAGUUUGGGGAGAUGAUAGAUGUUUCUUUAGCUAUACCAUAAUUUCAGGUCAGUAUAUUUUGAAGACUUUGCUAUUGUCUGGCUCAGAUAUUUUGCUGUCUUUAUUAUGCACACGUAAGGAAAACGAAACCUAAACACAAAGCACCAGUAUUUAUAGCAAAAAAAGACUCCUGGGAAGGUGACACAGCAUUCCAUGUUACUCAGUAGUUGGCCUUAAAUCAGUGCACAGGAUAUUUUUUGCCACGUUUCAAAGUUGCUCUCUUUCCGAUUGAAUAGUGCUAGUCACGUUACGGCAUGGGACUCUUCAGAGUCAGUGUAUGGAUCGAUCUCUGGGCUCCUUAAUCCUUUCCGCCUUUCGUGGCCAAAGGGUGGGGUCAAGUGCAGUCAGCAGUUCUAUUUUAAAAUGUCGGUCCACAGUUAGCCCAGAAUCGAGAGCCAUUGUGGAACACAGGUGUUAGGUGUGUUUAUCCCAGAGCGGACCGUCUCUUCUUGGAUGGCGUGAUAGAUAGACUGCUAAGAAGGCAGAUGUGUGAUGUAAAGCACUUGGUUCGGCUCGGGAACCUGUCUAGGGAUCAUGUCCCUCGUUGCCAGGGUUGGAAACUAGCCUCUUGAGGCAUAAAGUCAAAGCAUAUCGCUUACGUCACUCUUACUUAACGUGAAAGCGACGAUCCAGAAGAGUGUGUUCCCUGGACGCAGCAGUUCUUAUGGGCUUUCCUCCUAGUAGACAACCACCAGCAUCCUUCCGAAGGUCACAUUAUAUUCUUCUAAGUGUUAGCUGGGACAUCCGCCUAAGAAACAUAUCUAUUAAGCACUUGCUAACACCUUAUUUGGGGACCCUGUCUGUUGGGGUGGGUAGGAGGGGGAAGGUUUAUAGAAGAGUGUAUAUCUCUUGAAAAAAAAAAAAAAAAGAAAGAAAGAAAAAGAGAAGAAAAAUAUUUCUGAGUACUCAUUAGCCCUGUACGGAAGCUUCUUUUUUUCAUUCACAGGGCCGAUUAUCACUGCAGAUUGCGAUGUUUACCCAGAAUUUCUAAACAUGAGUGCAGAUUACGGAAUAUAAUACGUUAUUUAAAAUAUUUGGGAGUAGUAUAAUUUGUGGAAAAAUGUAAAUUGUAAUAAUGUAAAGGGGGGGGUUUCACUAUAUAUAUUAUACACACACACAUAUAUCGCACUUCAUAGAACCAGAGUUGCUCUCUUAAGGGAGCUUUGGCUCCUGAUACUUUAUCAUGCUCCUAUUUUUUUUUUAAAUUCUAGGAGCAGUAGUUUUUAUACUUAUGUAUUUAAAUUUUAUUAUUAAAAAAUUACAUUUUAUAAAAAGUGUGUUCCAAAGGCAUUAAAAUUAUAUAUGUUAAUAAGGAAAUACAUUUAAAAUUUUUUUCAAACUGCUCCUAAGCUUUUGAUUAGGAGACUAUUUGCUCUGAAAGUAGGCUUUUAGCUCUGCUUUAUUACUGCUUCCUUUAGUUUCUAUGAAACAGAUUGCUUACUUAAAUCAUUAGUUGAAUGAUUAGUGUUCAAUAUUGCUUUAAUCACCAUUAAAAAAAAAAAAAGGAAAAAGAAAUUGGUGACAGAGCACAAAUAAAUAGAAAACCUAUUUUUAAGUAAACGUCACAAAUACAAGUGUGGAAGCACUACUUUGUCUAAAAUUUGCUUCAGGAGAAGUCAAAUUAAUGACCUGAGACGCUGGCCUUGGUAGGCUGUAUUUCACUGCUCAUAAACGAUUAAAAAGGGAGUACCAGGAUUUAUGCAGCAAAGCAUUUUGGAAAUGGGGAAUGGCACCAUAUGCGUGUAUAUCUUUUUAGCCUAAUUCUCGCCCUGCACGGAAUUCAGAUACACGGAGGCAUUUCUUUCAGGGCACCUGGGUUAGAAUUGUAGAGUCUUAAUAUUCACGUGAACACCCCUCUCUGCCUGUCGCUGCCUCACAGACUUGAAAUAACGCUUCCGAGGAAGAGGGACUUUCAGCUCUUUUGUUUCUCACAUUGACUCUACUGGUCACCAGACCCUUUUGGAGAGAAUUUCUGUUAAACACGAGGCAGCCUCAUUUACUUUAAUUGCACAAUGGUCUAACAAGGAUGCAACACAGAACUGGCUCUUUUUUCCUAGAAAAAGAAAAGUGGACAUGUGUUUUUCCAUCACCUGGAUGUGUUAAAAAUAAUGAUUGCCAAUGCUGUUUUUCACUCUCCCCGUGGCCAGAAGCCUCACCCUUGAAAUUUCUAGUAGUGCCUUUGCUUGGUUUAAAAAAAGAAAAAACAAAAAAAGGGAUUAAGUAAAAACGUAAAAAUAAUUCAGUUUCUUAGAAUUUGGACCUCAGACAAGAUAUUGAACCUCAUUCAGUUUGAACUUCCACACGUGUGUACAGAUUCGAUCCGCAGACACAAAAGCACGAGUGCGGAAGGGUCUUGGCACCGUAAGCAAUAUUAUCCACUGAUGUAUGCAAAUAUCAUCUUCAUAGUAAAGUGGUCACUGUUACAAUUCACAUUUUAAACUCCUGUUACCGAGUGCAGUUUGCAAAACUCCGGUCGUCCUGACUGAUCACACAUCACUCUUUGUGCAACUUUUUCAUUUCAUUUCGUGUUUCUUCCAAGCUGUGUAUUUCUGCCUGUUUGUUGCUUGUGCUUUAUUAGUCAUUUGUGGAAUAUAGUGAUAUAUUGUGUUAAUUGGGACAGUAGCGGUUUUUAAAAACCAUAUACUGACUGAAACAUGAGCCAGAGCUGACUGCUUUAUUAAGCUAAUAAUGAAUGUUAAAAGAGUACAUAAUUCAGGAUCGUUCAUCUAGUAAGCAAUACACGUAUAUAGGCCAAUAUUUUUUUUUAAAAAAAAAUAGAGCUUGGUCAACCUCUAUACUACACAUAUUACAAGAUAUAGCACUUUCAAAACGAAUCUAAACCUUUACAGAAACUUUCUUAUAGGUUAUGCCUUUUAUUUUAAGACUUAUUAUAAUUUGUUUCAAGUGCCAUUAGAUGAUAUAUAUGUAGGCCUUUGAUAUAUAAUGCUUUGUGUUCAAAAAUGGUAGAUGGUAUUUUAAACAGGUACAUUUUUACAGUGUUUUCUUAUCAAUUUGCUAUAUUGCACAGAAUCAGUGUGUGUCUUUUCAUAAGGUUUUACAAUGGUUUAUUUUUUUACAAGGUUUACGUGUCUCAAAACACACUGUCUUCCCAGUAUGUAAAUUAAAGAAUACCAGUUCACCCAAGUUGCUUCUAGCCUACUGAGAUCCACGUGACAUUGGAGGAGAUCUUCUAAAUGGCGAGCAUUCGUCAUUAGCAAUGGCAGACUGUUGUCUCUGACGAGUAGUGCCUCAGUUGACUCUGUCUUCUUUUUCUCGCAGGGUGUCAGCAGCCAUGCCUACACCACAGAUAGUCUUGCUGUGAUCACCUAGAUCCACGCGAGUCGUGUUGUGUAGUUUUGUGCUAAGAACCCUCCAGGGCGCCCUUUCGAUCACGUAGAGCAGACCGAUGCCACCAGCAUUGGUAAAGGCACACGUAGGCCCUCAUCCCCCUUAGGCCCUUCUGCAUUAUCAGCCCUCUGAGGAUGGAAAGGCAGUGUCUUUUGAUAAGUGCUCUAGCUCUAGAAAUGACAAGAACCAUUGCUAAUGUAUGAAACACUUCCUUGUAUAAGCUUCAGUGGUACAGACGAACCAGAAUGAAUGUUUAUCUUCUCAGAAACACUCCUUCGGUAUUAUGUUGGGUCAUGCUGCUAAUGGAACUUGGGAUACAACUCUUCAUGGUGCUACAAACUUCUCUGUCUCGUUCAGUCAUAUUUUUGUAUCCAUAGGAAAACAAGAGGACUCCAUUAGGCGUAAAGGUGUACAAUAUAUUUUUAUACUGUGACUCAAUUUGUCAUGAACAGACUUUUACAGCACCCACCACAAUGUAUUCGCGUGCACUUGCAAAAGGAAAUCUGGGACGUGCAAAUGUUACCGGAACAAACCCAGCUUUUGUCUGCGAGGUGACUAUUACUCAAAGUGAAAAGUGGGCUUCGUAAUACGGUGUGGAGUGAAGAACAUGCUGUAGGUUACUAACAGCCCUUUGAAUUUAACAAAAACUGGGAAUCCACUAGGAAAUGGAUUGCAUCAUGCCUGAGCAUAAGCUGGACUGCUGAAAUUGUACUUUUAGCUGACGAGAAAGUGUUUGGACUAGUACUCUCAAGAUGUUCUAAUGAUAAAGGUGUGAGUCAGAAUAGACCAGAAAAAUCUGCAUUCCAGGCUGAAUUUUUGUAUAUUUUUCUUGCAUUUAAAAAUCGCUCUUCUGUGAUAUGGGGAAAUCAAGUGGCUUAUCAUGUAUAUCGUGUACUUAAAAUGUAUUCACAAACUACUGUUGUAUUUGUAUAAAAUAUAGACAACGAUCGUAUUUUUUGUGUGUGUAUAAGCUCUGUAAAAUAGCAAUCACAUUAUGAAGCUGCACUGAUACAUUUUAAACAUCCACAUCCAAAGAAGCAGGCUAUUUAUUGUCCAGUUACCCAGAUAUAAAAUAUUACUUUGCUGCUAAUUAAACAAUAGUACUGCAGCUUUUUGUGGCCUACAGUGUGAUGUUUGCUGUAAGAAAAAGAUAUGUGAACUCCACAGAAUAUAUGAAUAAAAUUCUAGAAUGGCUUUAGAUAAUGUAGCCCUUCCUGAAGUUUUAAUAGAGGAUCAACUUCUAUUGGGUAAAACUCCUUUUCUUCACUUUGAAUUUUAAAGAUUUUCUCCUGGGGUUAACAUAAGGUGCU